CCACACGUCAUCAGAUCAUUGAGGGAAAUUUCAGUACUACCUUUGAUAGAUAUAUAAACAUUGCACACCGGCAGUCUGUUCAGAAAAGCAGAUAGCGGGCUAGCUCAACACAUCUUUUUCACGUUUGGUUAUCAGCCUUAUCUCAAUCUUGAUUAAGGUGCAGCGAAGUUAAGAUAGUUUUGACUUGCAAGUGAGCUAGAUCUGUCAGAUAGCUUGUUUUCAGAAUGUACUCCCUCGCGUCUGUAGCUGUGUUGGUACUUGGUUGCUUUGCAGUCCUGGGGAGCAGCGCCCCGAGUCUGAAAUCCAGGAGAUCGAGUGCGGUUUGUCACGUAGAAGAACAUUUACUACGACAAAUGAGACAUAAGUUUCAUGCCCUGUCUAAAGAUGCUCAAAAGCACGACGAGGAUACGGAGACGAGACUAGUGGGAAAGGACCUAUUUCGAGGACUGGAGAAAUCUGGUAGUUGCUACGUUCUCAAAGAGGUGAUUGACUUCUAUCUUGGAACCGUUCUCCAGUCUGACCAUUUGCACGCCAAAUAUUCGCAUCUAAGCGACGUUAAAGAGUUUCUCGCCGUUCUCAUGAAACGGCACAUGUCUGACUGCGAUACUGAAGAUAAAACGAAAGCCAACAAAAACAUCGAACGACUGAAACAGAAAGUGGAGAAGCUCGGCAAAGCGAGUGAGGCCAAGGUUGUCGGGGAGCUGUUCAUCCUCCUGCAGGAGAUAACGAGCCGCUGUUCAACACCAGGAUGGAAACCCGGACACCAGGGGAAAUCACCGAUUGAUAACUGAGGAAAGCAAACCAAGACGCAAGGAAACAGUACUAGUUUCCCCCAAAAAAUAUGUUUUAUUAACUUAACAAGGAAGUAUUUAUUUCUGAUGUAUUUAUUGUGUAUAAUGUUAUACACAUCAUUGUAAUUACUUACAGUAAUUUUUG